AUGGCACAGGAGCUCGUUCAACUGCAACCAAGACAAAAGGUCGACAAAUGGGCGAUUGUGAGGAAGUUGGGUGAGGGCGGUUUCGGUGCCGUCUACAAGGUGUCCGAUCCGAGCGGCGAGUACGCCCUUAAAGUCGAGGGAGUCAGCGAGGCGAUCCAGGUGCUCAAGAUGGAGGUAUUCGUGCUCAACGAAUUGGCCCAACGAGGCGGUCGCCACUUCUGCAAGAUCUACGACAAAGGACGAUUCGGGACGUUCAACUACGUGGUGAUGACGCUGGUCGGCAAAUCGCUUCAGGAUCUCCGCAAAGAGGGCCCAGGCGGGCACAUGUCACUCGGCACCGCCGUCUCGGUCGGCAUUCAAUCGCUCGAGGCGCUUGAAGAUUUGCACUCGAUCGGAUAUCUACAUCGUGAUGUCAAGCCGGGCAACUACACGAUUGGACGAGUCGAGCUGCGCGAGCUGCGCAAGGUGUACGUGCUCGACUUCGGGAUGUGCCGAAAAUUCACGAAUGAACAGGGUGUGAUCCGCAAGCCAAGACAAGCCGCCGGUUUUCGAGGCACCGUUCGCUACGCGCCGAUCUCGUGCCACCUUCAGCGGGAAUUGUGUCGCAAGGACGAUGUGGAGACGUGGCUCUACCAACAAGUUGAGCUCACCACCGGCAAUCUGCCAUGGAAAAACAUUCAGGACAUGAAUCAGGUGGGCGAGUACAAGAAGAAAUGCCGCAACCAACCGUUUGUCGCCGAGCUGUUCGCCGGAUGUCCCCCCAUCUACGAGUCGGUGAUGCGCCUGUGCGACAACUACAAAUACUACGACGCGCCUGACUACGUGAAGAUCUACGGAAUGAUGAGAACGAUUUUCGCUCAAGGUGUCCCCGAAUUUCCGUACGACUGGGAGAAGAAC